AUGCAAGAGGUGUGCAGUUCUAUCGAACACAUGGGAGCACAAAUUAAAUCGGAAUCUCCGGCGAUCGGUUCGCUACAGAGUGGUGCAGCGGUAGUUGUUGGAAGUGAAACGGAUAUCACCAGUCCUCAGCAAAUUUCGCUUGCGACUGCCCAGCAACAACAGCACUCGCAACAAACGAUCAUCGCUGGUGGCGGUCAGCUAGUGAUCGGUCGAAAACAAGUGAUCUGUGAUAAGCCAUCGCGAACAACGGCCCCGCUAUCGGUCGUUACGGCAGUAGAAGGUUUGGGCCCCCAAGGUACAGCUUCACAGCAACAGCAACCUCAUCCGGAUACUUCUUAUUGGAUGCAGAACGAAAGUGGCUUCAUCAAUUCGCAACCCUCGAUGGCAGAGUUUUUGACACAUAUCGAUAGCGAAAGCCCGAAACUUAUUUCCCAGGGAUACCCAAUGGGACCCAGCGACAGCAUGGAGUCCGUGCCGGAGUACCCCUGGAUGAAGGAGAAAAAAACGGCUCGCAAAGCCACUGCACAAGCCGAGUUUGUCGCAGAGAAUGGUUUGCCACGACGGCUACGCACGGCCUACACCAACACGCAGCUUCUGGAGCUUGAGAAAGAGUUCCACUUUAACAAAUAUCUUUGCCGACCGCGAAGAAUCGAAAUUGCGGCUAGCUUGGACUUGACGGAAAGACAGGUGAAAGUGUGGUUUCAAAAUCGACGCAUGAAACAUAAGCGACAAACGCUUUCUAAAACAGAUGAUGACGAUUCCGGUAAGGAUGAUCUGAAGGAUUCCAAUUCGAAAAAAUCCUGUCAAGGAUGCGAGCUGCCGUCGGACGACAUACCUGACUCGACCUCCAGCUCGAGAGGGAUGAAUAACAGUACCCCGAACGCGGGUAAGUCGCCGCUGCGUAAAGCGCACCACAAACCAAUGAAGUCGAUGAGCAUGUUUCCUGAACAUUCACCUGACACUAUGCCAACAGCGAUGACACCGAAUUCAACCGUUGAACUGAACACUCCGACCGGCGGUGGAGGAAACUCAAGCGGCGGAACCAACGCCGUCAGUGCCGACUCAAGCGUUGCCUCGACAGGCAGCCUCGACGAGGAAGAAGAAAUACAUGCCAAAGUGAAGAAGAAACCUGACGCUCAGACCAUCAAGAAGGAAUCGGUAAGCUCCACUAAAAUGAUCAACAGUAAUCCGUUCAAAAAUUACGAAAAUUCCGGCUACCACCCGAAGGACACUGGUCCCAUCGCGGGCACGACAGCAGUUCCGAUUCCUAUCCCACACAGUCCUGUUUCUACGUCGGCCGUUUCGCCGAACAGCAACAGCAAUAACAACAAUAAUAACAGUAGCAAUAACAACCUUCAAUCGUAUUACAACCAAUCAGGCCCCUACGGGGUGAUAAAGCACAAGCUAACGCACGGGCCGGUCGUAGGUCACGAGAACGAUGGUUCACCAACAAUUAACGCUGGUGGUCCGACAAGUGGUGCUUUGUACUACAAUAGUAAGCCACACGAGUAUUUCGGUAAAACCGAUGCAGGAGCUCACUACCAGUCUCCGUAUCAACACUAUCAAAAGCCAAUCAUGCCGCCUGGCGCGGGGUUUGGUGGUGCACCGAACGCACUGAAUGAAGGAUAUCCCAGUGCCCAGAAAAUUGAAUUCAACCCAGCGGUUGGUUUGAAAAAUUUCAAUAAUAAAGUGCUGUUGCAAGACUCUAGCGCGAAGCUGCAACAUCACCAGCAGCAGCAGCAACAGCAACAACAUCAACAGCAGCUCAGCGAGUCCGCGUUCCAUCAUCAGAAUCAAGCCUAUUACAACAGUUGCGAAACCAGCCUCAACAACGUUGGACAAUUCGGACCGGGCGGGCAACAGUACUAUCCGAAUGAUUACGAUUCGCAGCCUGAGUUCGGUGGAGGUAACUACUACGAUCCCACAAAAACAGGUGCAGUUGCACAAGGGCACUACUAUGAUAGCAUGGGAUCCUACCAUCAUGGGGGAUCGAAUAUGGAGUAUCAAGGUAGCAACGCAUACACAAGCGUUGGCGCUGGAGGCAUCGGAAAUGAGUCGUGCGAAUCCUUCACUUUCCACCAAUCAUCGCCCGUAGCUGGUGCGUACUAUGAGCAGCACAAUGUUCAGCAACAUCAGCAUCACCAGCAACAACAGCAUCAUCAUCAGCAUCCUUUUCAACAGCAAACCACCCAACAGCUACAUGCAUUUCACCAGCAACAACAGCAACAACAACAAACGGUGGCCAAUUCGGCCGGUGUAAAUAAUGGUGUAGUCAGGACAGUUAGCCAGGUUUCAAACCACCAAGAGCUCACUGGGACCGAACUUUGCCCAUUUAAUGGCAUUCCUCCCACAGUUGGUAGCAAUCCUGGAGCCGGUAGUCAAGCCAAACCGACCGCCAUGGUUAAUCUGGACAAUUCCAACUCAUCCGACUUCAAUUUUCUCAGUAAUUUGGCUAAUGACUUCGCGCCGGAGUAUUACCAGCUUAGUUAA